AUGCCGGGACAGCACAAUGCAGUGGCAGACAUCCUCAGUCACGAGUGUGUGGGGUCAGAGUUGACCCUGCAUCCUGUAGUAUGCAGGCAGGUCUUCCAGGUGUGGGGUGCACUACAGGUGGAUCUCUUUGCCACUGCCUUAACCCUUUAUGGUCUCGCUCAUCGAUUUCAGUACAUUUCAAUCUCUUCAAGCAUAAGGGCACAUGGAAUCUUCAAUUUUCAUGGGAAGAAGGUUCCCCCAACACCAAAGGGAGUGAAAGGGUUUGUCAUUAGAGAUGAGCCUCAAUCAGAUUCUGAGGUGUCUGAUAAUUCACCAAAAGAUAGUGAGGAUGAAUAUUUACCUUCAAAAGAUGACGAUGAAGUACUGAGGCAUGAUUUGAUAAUAGAUUAUGAAGAUGAAGAUUGUGUUGUCAUGGGACGAUCUAGGAGGAGAACCCUGUUACCAGAGUUGUCUGCCAUGUCAGCAGAACCUUCCUCUAUUGUUAUUAGGAUUUUGGAUGAAUUACAAGUUCCUUUUAGUUUGGUUUCAUUUGUUUCUACACAGGUAUAA